AUGCCAGAGCAAAGUGUAACGCCUAGCAACAGUGUUUAUGAUGCUCAGCAUGAGGAAAUAGAUAUAUUCCUCGAGUCUAUCAAGAAUAAACCAAUUUUGGAGCAAAAACAAAAAUUGGGUGAUAGACUCUUCCCAAAAGUUAAAGCCACGGUCAAGAGUCUUGGAAUGAAGGCUCAAGCAAGCAAAGUAACAAUCAUUCUUCUCGAUACCGAUGAUCUCCGUGAAUUGGCUCAUUCAAUGAACGAUCCAGAUAGAUUUAAAGUAAAAGUUGAAGCUGCGGUGGCAAAAAUUGCUACCGGUUCCAUUGCUGCCAAAUAA